AGGACUGAAUUGAAAAAUUAGGUUUAAAAGAAAUCAAAAAUGAAGUAAACCCAUUUUCCCUUUCACUGUUGCUCUUCCCUCCCCUGCAUUCUCGUGAUUGAGGGUUCGCGCUUUUUGUCAGAAUGAAUGACAAUAUAACUUUAGUAUUGCACCAUGGAGGAAGAUUCACUCCACGUGCCAGUGAUGGAAAGGUUGAAUAUAUAGGCGGAGAAUUUGACGUUUGGGAGGAUAUAUCUGCAGAUUGCCUGAAUGCAUUUAUCUUAUAUGAUUUGGUGAAAGCUUGUAAGAAGUAUAGUAAUAUAGGAGAAUGUUUUUGGUUGAUUGAUAAGGACUUAGAUUUUAAUCAUGGGUUAAGGAGUUGUACAACUGAUGGAGAUAUAUUACACUUAGUUAGGGAUGCUUUUGAAAAUGAGAAUGAGAUAAAUGUUUAUUUUCAUCAUGAAGUAGAUCCAAUUUUAGAAGAAGUCCCACAAAUGUUGUACUUGGAAUGUGAUCCAAUUCGAAAAGCUGUUGAGAAUGAGGAUGAUUUAGAUGAUGUACCUGUUGCUGGCCAUGAGGAAGAUGUUGGUGCUGGAGAGCAGACAGAUGCUGGUGAGCAGAUGGAUGCUGGUAAGCAGAGGGAUGGUGGUGAGCAGAGGGAUACUGAUGCUGGUGAGCAAAGAGAUGGUAGUGAGCAGAGGGAUACUGAUGCUGGUGAGCAAAGAGAUGGUAGUGAGCAGAGGGAUGCUGAAGCUGGUGAGGAGAGAGAUGCUGAUGGUGAAGAGAGAGAUGUUGCUGAUAGUGAGGAGGAAAAGGAAGUUGACAGUGAUGAGACAGAUGCUGAGUGGUUUAUAAAUUUCUCUUGUAUGUUGAAUGAAGUUGAAGCUGAAGUUGAGACAGACGGUUAUCAUUCAGAGGAGCUUAAUAUCCCCAUUAGUAGUGAUGAUGAAGAUGAGGAUGUUGAAGUUUAUCCUCAAUAUAGUCAAAGUAGUGGAGUUGGUGAACAGAAGUUGGAAUUAGGGAUGGAGUUUGGUACUCUAGAUGAAUUUAAAUCUGCCUUGAGGGAGUAUAGCAUAUUGAUGGGCAGGGAGUUCAAGUGGAAGAAGAAUGAUAAACAGAGGGCUAGAGCAAAAUGCAAGAAGGCAUUUUGUGAUUGGGAAAUCUAUUGUGCAAAGAAUGAAGUUAGAAACUCUUUUCAGAUAAAGACAUUUAAGCAUAACCAUAAUUGCUGCAGAGAAGUGAACAACAAACAAGCAAAUAGACAGUGGGUGGUCAGUAAACUUGAGGGCAAACUCAGAAUGCAGCCAACCCUUAAAUGUGUUGAAGCUUUGGAAUAUUUCAAGCAAGAGUUUGGAGUGCACAUUGAAGUUACAAAGAUGUGGAGAGCCAUGAAAGAAGCAAAGCAAUUAGUGGAAGGGAAUGAGAGGAAAUAAUAUGCCAAAGUAUUUGAUUAUGCACAUG